AUGGCUUGUGGGUAUCCUGUGCCAGCUGGCCCCAAGGAUUCCCACCAUGGGAAGGCAGUCCUGCUGCAGCACCUGGAUGACAUCCACCGCUUCUGGCGCAGCAUCCGGCUGUUCAUUUCCUCCACCUUCCGGGACAUGCACGGGGAGCGGGACCUGCUGCUGAGGACUGUGUUGCCAGCACUGCAGGCCCGAGCCGCCUCCCACCGCAUCAGCCUUCAUGGCAUCGACCUGCACUGGGGCGUCACCGAGGAGGACACCUGGAGGAACAGACAGCUGGAAGUGUGCCUCGGGGAGGUGGAGAAGUCACAGCUGUUCGUGGGGAUUCUGGGCUCCUGCUAUGGCUACGUUCCCCCCAGCUACAGCCUUCCCGACCACCCUCAUUUCCGCUGGGCCCGGCAGUACCCGCCAGGCCGCUCCGUGACAGAGAUGGAGGUGAUGCAGUUCCUGAACCGGGGUCAAGGCCUGCAGCCCUGCGCCCAGGCCCUCAUCUACCUCCGGGACUCCAGUUUCCUCAGGUCUGUGCCCGAGACCUGGAGAUCUGACUUCACAUCUGAGUCUGAAGAGGCCGCCCAGCGGAUGUCAGCACUGAAGAGUUACCUCAGCACACAAAAAGGGACCACCUGUCGCAGAUACUCCUGUGAAUGGCAGGGCAUAGCUGCUGGCCGGCCCUGCACCGGAGGACUAGAGGAGUUUGGGCAGCUGGUUCUCCAGGAUGUGUGGGGUAUGAUCCAGAAACUCUACCUACAGCCUGAGGCCGAGCAGCAGCUGCCAGUGUCCAUCCCAGAUGAUGACUUGGUGCAAGCCACCUUUCAGGAGCUGCAGAGCCCACCAAGUCCUGCCCGGCCAAAGCUGCUUCAGGACACAGUGAGGCAGCUCCUGCUGCCCCGUGGAAAGCUGACCGUUGUGACUGGGCAAUCAGGACAGGGCAAGACCACCUUCCUGUGUAACAUGGCAAAAGGCCACAGCAAAAACAACGCUUCACCUGAUGACCACUUCCUCCUCCUCCUUCAGCCCUGCCUACAACUUCCUCCUUCCUAUCCCGUGCCCAUGAGGAGAAUUCCAGUCACUGCCUUGUGUGUCACCUCUGCCCGCCCCAAGUGCGCUUCUGGUCAGCGGUCACAGAACCUCAGCCCCUCUGUACCCAGCAGAGGACAAGCCAUCCCCAUGAGCUGUGCGCCCCACAUCCUCAGUAAAGACCUCCUUUCCUUUCCAUUUGCUUCUCUAUUGCACCAGGAAACCCUAGCAAGAAGCAGGAAACAUCUGCUGGGACCAAGCACUUAAGGACUCCCUGCCCUCAGGAGACAAAUGCAAGAAAAUAAAAAGUUUAAAAAGA